UGCUGGGUUUCCCUGUCUUAGAGAAACUGGAAGUGUGUCACUAGGGCUUGGGCCCACCGCUGGUGUCCUGCCCCCCUUCCCUUCCUGCAGAUCUCCCCCCUUUCUUGUGUCAGAUGGAUAAAGGGGGAGUGGAGGCAUAAUUGAAAAAUCAGGUCAUGAUUUCAAACCGCUGCACAGCCGGCUAGUGGCUGCUUCACACACACAACACAGAGGCAGCAACCCUUUUUUUCUGCUGGGUUUGCUUAUUGUUGCCGGGUGCAUUUCUGUAGCUAGAAAGCUUUAUGAAGAGCAUCUGUUGAGCCAUGCCUUGCUUCCCCCCCCAGCCCCCCCUCCAAAACCAAACCACAGUAAAUCUGCAAGUGGAGUGGAAAUUGCAUCCUCUUGGAUAAAUAUUGAAUAGUUUAAACGUGCAUAUUCCUUUGUGUGCAAGGCAGAAGAUUUAGUUUCCCCUACAGAAGGGCCUUGGGAAGGAACUGGGAAAGCAGUGGAGGCUUAGAGGUACCCUGUAAGGAAGGCUCUUCGCAGGCUGCCCUUUGUACAUUAAGGGCUGCAGGAGAAUGGGAGGGUUUGCGACAAGUCUGCCACCUCGCCUUGGCUCUCCAUAGGAAAUGUAAGACUGCACACUUUAAAAAUAAUUACUAAUAAAUUAAGAUGCAAUUACCCUUAAACUCUUGGAGAGGAAGGACAUUUGCACAUGCACUGGGGUUGUUCCUAGCUUGCAUUCAGGCCAACCCACAAGCGCACCUGUAUUGUGAAAAGGAGACUAUUCUCUCUGUCCAGCCCCCCCCCCACGCCCCCAUCAUUACUGCUUUUCCUUGCAAUCCCCCUUCUUCUGACACACACACACAGAGAGAGAAAGCAAAUGGAUAUAGGAAACUGGGUUACUUGCAACUGCAGCUUGCUGGAAUUCCCCCUUCCCUCUUUGCUUUGGCAGUUUUGCCCAGCCUGACAGAAAGAACAACCCCUCUAGAAACACGAGUCAAAACAUGAAACUUGUCAAAAGCUCUCUUCAGUUGCUGCUAAUCUGCUCCCCUUGGCUGGGCUGGUCCAGGACGUUUCCCUAAGUAUGUGGGGCUCUGGGCAAGGAAGGGUUUAAUUUUCCUUUCGCUACGGUUUUUCCAAUUCAGUGGAAUCUGCACAGAUGUGGACUUGUUAGUCCAAGGUGGAGCUGCCUAUGCAUGUAGAUCUGCAGGCCCCCUGGCCCAUUUGGAACAUGUGCUGAGAGGCAGUUGUGACUUAUGGAAGAUGCGGGAAGCUCUGAAGAAGCUACGCGGAUCCUAACGCCAUCAUGAGAGGGAAGAGGAGAUCCACAAGGAUGGUUUGGCUGUGGAUGGCAUCCAUCCUCACUGUAGCAUCUUCUCUAGAAGAGAUUCUUUUGGAUACAACAGGAGAGACCUCCGAGAUUGGCUGGACUGCCCACCCUUCUGAUGGGUGGGACGAGGUGAGUGUCUUGUAUGACAGGAAGGACCAGAUCCGGACCUUUGAGGUGUGCAACGUGGCUGAGCCAGGACAGAACAACUGGCUGCGAACUCACUUCAUCGAGCGGCGCGGAGCCCACAGGGUCCACAUCCGCCUCCGCUUUUCAGUACGGGACUGCGCCAGCAUGAGGACCGUGGCCUCGUCCUGCAAGGAGACCUUCACCCUUUACUACCACGAAUCGGAGGCAGACGUGGCCACCCUGGAGCACCCCGAGUGGCGCGAGGGUCCGUGGACCAAGGUGGAUACAAUUGCAGCCGACGAGAGCUUCUCGCAGGUGGACAGCACCGGGGAGGUGGUAAAGAUGAAUGUGAAAGUGCGCAGCUUUGGCCCGCUCGCCAAGAGGGGUUUUUACUUGGCUUUCCAGGACUCCGGGGCGUGCAUGUCCCUCGUGGCUGUUCAGAUUUUCUUCUACAAGUGCCCGGCGGUGGUGAAGGGCUUUGCCUCUUUCCCGGAGACGUUUGCUGGAGGCGAAAGGACUUCGCUGGUGGAGGCGCCAGGGACUUGUGUGGCUGACGCAGAGGAAGCCAGCGUGACGGGCUCCUCCGGGGUGAGGCUGCACUGCAACGGCGAAGGCGAGUGGAUGGUGGCUAUUGGCAGAUGCGCCUGCCGGGCUGGCUACGAGCCUGCGGACGACGAGAAAAUCUGCAAAGCCUGCACCGCCGGCACCUUCAAAGCAUCAGUGGGAGAUGCGCCAUGCAGCUCUUGCCCUGCCCACAGCUAUUCUUCUACACCAGGCUCCAGUGAAUGUGCUUGCCUGACCCGAUACUACCGUUCGUCUUCAGACACCCCCGACACCCCCUGUACCAGCACCCCAUCUGCCCCUCGCGACCUCAGUUACGAGAUCAUCGGAUCCAACGUCCUCCUGACCUGGCGCCUCCCAAGGGACUUGGGUGGUCGAAAGGAUGUUUUCUUCAACGUCAUCUGCAAGGUGUGCCCGACAGGCUCCCCGGGGCCUUGUGUUCGUUGCGGGGACAGCGUCCAGUUCGAGCCACGCCAGGUGGGGCUGACAGAGAGCCGGGUGCAAGUCUCCAACCUCCUGACCCGCGUGCAGUACACCUUUGAGAUCCAGGCAGUCAACCUUGUGACGGAGCUCAGCCCAGAUGCUCCACAGUUCGCCGCCAUCAAUGUUAGCACCAGCCAGUCAGUCCCAUCUGCUGUUCCCAUGAUGCACCAGGUGAGUCGUACGACGAGUAGCAUCACUUUGUCCUGGCCGCAACCAGACCAACCAAACGGGAUAAUCUUGGAUUAUCAGCUGCGUUAUUUUGACAAGUCAGAAGACGAGGACAACUCCUUCACCAUAACCAGUGAGACUAAUAUGGCCACUAUUGCCAAUCUCAGCCCAGGGAAGAUAUAUGCCUUCCAGGUUCGAGCUCGGACAGCAGUGGGCUAUGGGCCAUACAGUGGAAAGAUGUAUUUCCAGACUCUGGUGGGAAGCGAGCGCUCCGAGAUGGUGCAAGAUCGAUUGCCGCUUAUUGUGGGUUCGGCACUUGGUGGCCUGGCCUUCCUGGUAAUUGCGGCCAUUGCUAUCCUUGCCAUUGUCUUCAAGAGUAAGAGACGAGAGACUCCCUACACAGACCGCUUGCAGCAGUACAUCACCACACGGGGUCUUGGGGUCAAGUAUUACAUUGACCCAUCCACCUAUGAGGAUCCCAACGAAGCAAUUCGGGAAUUUGCCAAGGAAAUUGAUGUGUCAUUUGUCAAGAUCGAGGAGGUCAUUGGAUCAGGAGAGUUUGGAGAGGUCUGCUUUGGGCGCCUGAAGCCUCCAGGGAAACGAGAAUACACAGUGGCUAUUAAGACCCUAAAGGCAGGCUACACCGACGAGCAGCGCCGGGAAUUCCUCAGCGAGGCCAGCAUCAUGGGACAGUUUGAGCACCCGAACGUCAUCCGCCUGGAGGGUGUCGUCACCAAGAGCCGCCCUGUCAUGAUUGUCACAGAGUUCAUGGAGAAUGGCUCUCUGGAUUCCUUCCUCCGGCAAAAGGAAGGGCAGUUCAGCGUUCUGCAGCUCGUGGGCAUGCUACGCGGCAUAGCAGCCGGCAUGCGCUACCUGUCCGACAUGAAUUACGUCCACCGGGAUUUGGCAGCUCGCAAUAUCCUGGUCAACAGCAACCUGGUUUGCAAGGUGUCGGACUUUGGCUUGUCAAGGUUCUUGGAGGAUGAUGCUUCAAACCCAACAUACACGGGAGCCUUGGUGAGUUGGCGCUCAGGAAAAGGGCUCGUUCGCCACCCUCCAAUAUUCAGGCGGACAGGUCCUAUAGGAACCAGUUUGUGUUCUGUCAAGGGCGGCAAGAUCCCCAUUCGCUGGACAGCCCCAGAGGCUAUCCAGUAUCGUAAAUUCACAUCCUCAAGCGACGUCUGGAGCUAUGGCAUUGUGAUGUGGGAGGUCAUGUCCUAUGGCGAAAGGCCCUAUUGGGACAUGUCUAAUCAGGAUGUCAUCAAUGCUAUUGACCAGGACUAUCGCCUGCCCCCUCCCCCAGACUGCCCCACUGUCUUGCACCUCCUGAUGUUGGACUGCUGGCAGAAGGAACGGGUCCAGAGGCCCAAAUUUGAGCAGAUCGUCAGUGCCCUAGACAAGAUGAUCCGCAAGCCGUCUGCACUCAAAGCUACUGGCACAGGAAACAGCAGACCGUCCCAGCAUCUGCUGAGCAACUCACCCCCAGACUUCCCCUCACUUACGAAUGCCCACGACUGGUUGGAUGCCAUUAAAAUGGGUCGCUACAAGGAGAACUUUGACCAGGCCGGCCUGACCACAUUCGAUGUCAUCUCACGCAUGACUCUAGAGGACAUCCAGCACAUUGGCAUCAGCCUGGUUGGCCAUCAGAAGAAGAUUCUCAACAGCAUCCAACUCAUGCGGGUGCAUCUCAAUCAGCUUGAGCCUGUUGAAGUCUGACACAGAGAGCACACGCCAAGGACUUGGAUACUGAAACGAACCUUUUGUUGUAAAAGGGAGACAGAGGAGUAAAUUUCAAGCAUCAACAGAGGGUGCAUGAGAUGUUGCCCUCCACUUCACAGACCGGAGCUCUUGGAGAUUUGUAGGGUUAUUUUUUUGUUGUCGUUCGGGGGUUUUGUUUUUUGUUUUUUUUAAAAAAAAAACCAUAACUUGAGGCACUACAAAUCCUGCGGUAUUUAGAUAAAUGGGUUGACUUGUACAUUGAAGUGGGUUGGGGAAUUAGUACACAGGGUAGAGCUGGAAGGAUAGUUUUGGUGUUCAAAACAAACCUGCUGCCAUUUCUAUGCCACGGCUAGCCAGCAGGCUUUGUACUUUGGGUUGGCAGCCUCUCAAAGACGUCUCUUGAGCCGGAUCAGGCACAAUAUAGAGUUAAAACUGAAAGCCGAAAGACACUUGUUGCCAAAAAGAAAUCCCUUUGAAGCUUUUGUUCCAAUCGGGGGGAUUUGGUUCUGAGAAAAGCAGCAAGCCUCACUACCCCACAUCCUCGUUCUGGCAAAGACAGCUGUACAGUGACGCAAGAUGGCAUCUCAGACAGCGAGUUUUAGGCACCAAUCAUAGGGUGGCAAAGCGGGAAGCAAGCAGAUCUGACCCAUUUGGGCACAAUCCACAGGGGUGGUCUCCAACUUUUUUUGAGUGGGACUUGCACUGGAGGACUUCACAGGGUGGGUUGGGCCCCAUAUUAAUCAGGGAGGGGCGGGGGCAUUUGGGUUUUCCACCUCAGGCACCAAAACAUUCGGGGGCAGCUAUAGGUCCUGCAUUCAUCCCCCCCCCCCAAGAAGGGAACCAGGAUAGCAGCUUUUUAGUAAUCAGGUACUGGGAAAGGGAUGAAAUUCUGUUUAGAGAGCAGAAGGUUCCUUCUUGGCAGUUUCCAACUGGAUAUUCAUACCACCAGAAAUGAAAUAAAAUAUUUGACAGAGGAA